GUUUUUUUUUACUUCUAAUGUUUUCGGUUGAAGACAUAGCUCAUUUUGGGAUUGUAUUUAUUUUUAAUUAAGACCAAAGCUGUUUAAAACAGUAAAUUUCACUCUAAAUAAUGCUGUACUUCAUAACUUCUGGUAAAUUUGUAUUGAUUUCCCAUUUGGAUCCUGGGUUAUUUAGGAAGAAGUUUCUUUUCUUUCCCUUUUUAAAAAUAAGAUUUAUUUAGGUUUAUUCCAAUACCAUAAAAUUCACCCACUUAAAGUAUGCAGCUCGAUGGUUUUUAGUAUAUUAACAGAAUUGUGCAGCCAUCACCAUAAUCUAACUUUAGAACCUUUUCAACACCCCCAAAAGAAAUGCUGUCCUCAUUAGGAGACAUUCACCAUUCAUGCCACCUCAUACCCCCAGUCCUAGGCAACCACUCUUUUAUUUCUGUCUCUGUGGAUUUGCCUAUUCUGGAUAUUUCACAUGAAUGGAUACAAAAUAUGUGGUCUUUUGUGACUGGCUUCUUUCACUUAGAGUAGCAUUUUCAAGGUUCAUCCAUGUUGUAGUAGGUAUCAGUACUUCUUUUGUAUUACCAAAUGUUGUAAUAUUCCAUUGGUGUGUGUGUGUAUAUAUAUAUAUAUAUAUAUAUAUAUGCCAAAUUUUGUUUAUCCAUUCAUCAGUUGACAUUAAACAUUUGGAUUGUUUCUCCUUUUUGGCUGCUAUGAAUAAUGCUGCUGUGAAUAUUUGUGUGCAAGUUUUGGAAUGGACAUGGGUUUUUUUAUUUCUCUUGCAGAGGUACCUAUGAGAGAUAUUUCUGUGUUUUAUGGUGACUCUAUGGUUGAUAUUUUGAGAAACUGACAAAUUGUUUUUCAGAAUGAGUGCACCAUUUUACAAUCCAAACAGCAAUGUAUGAGAGCUCCAAUUUCUUCAUAUCUCACCAACACUUGUUAUUGUCUUUUCUUCUUCUUAGGCAUUUUAGUGGAUGUGAGAUGGUCUCCUAAUACAUGAAAGAUUAUGGUUUUGAUUUGCAUUUUCCUAAUGACUGAUGUUGUUGAACAUUUUAUGUUAAUGAUCAGAGAAUGUAAGCCUGUCAAUUCCCAACAUGAAAACAUUUAUCAGAUUUUUUGGUAGCCAAGUUAUUUGAAAGAAUUUGUAAAAGUUCCAUGACUAUAAGAGAAGAAAGCAUAUUUUCUCUCUUGCUUUGAUAUAACAUCCUUUUAGUGUUUUUAAAAUUUAACUUGCUCAUGCCUUUUAUUUUACUCUUUAUUUAUUUUACUUUAUUUUUUCCUCUUCAUCUCAUUCUUACUUCUUGUCUUAAGUUCCUCUUCUUUUUAAGUAGAUAUUUUCCCUUUCCUAACAAGAAUGACUAAAUCUACAGUGCCUCUAAUAAUUGAUCAGAAUGAAAUUGUACCUCAACUUAGACACAGAGACACUCUCUCUUCUCUAGCUAGUUCCCUCAGUGGGGAAACAGUUUUACCUCUGGAUAUUUUUGAGUUAAUUAAAAAACUUUAGUCCCAGGCUGUUACUAUUUCCCCUGUAGCAUGUCUCUUCUGUUUCAAGAAAUUUUACUUAACUUUUUUAUUCUGAAUUUAGGGUCAUAUUUUCACUGUCUGUCAAACAGAACCACAUUUAUUUUGAGCCUACCAUGGAAAAGGUAUCAUAUGAUACAGCUUUGACAACGUGAACUUUGGAGCCAGGUAGACUGCGUUUGACUUAACACCACUAAACCUCUAAUUCUGUAUGCAUAAAAUGGAAUAAUAAUGAUCAUGACAACACAUAGAAGAAAGGAUUGUUGUGUAAAUUACCUGUUUCUGCACAUUACAUGGUUCCUUAUAACAACAAUACUUGCUAUCAUGUACUAAGUAUUUACCUGGGGCCAGUUCAGUGCUAAGUGUCAUUGAAACAUAAUCUCAUCUAAUUUUCACCUCCACUUGAGAUAAAUAUUUCAAAUUCAUUUUGAAAAAUAAGCCUCAAGAAGCUUUUUCAUGUUCUCCUAGCUAAGAUUUGGCAGAGCUGGAAUUUAAACCUUUAUUAAUUUUAGUCCAAAUCUCAUGGUCUUGCUCAUAUUCUAAUUAAUAACCAGAAUAUGUGUUUCCUGGACCUGAUCUACCCCACAGUGCCCAGUGCAGUGAACUGUACUUUGGUUCCCCCAGGGAACCAAAUGUUCUGUGUGGUGAGUGCUACCUGCCUCUGAUCAUAUGGACACUGUUUUUCCAGGGUUCUUGGAGUCUCUGCAGAGUCCCUGGGCGAGAUCUCAUAGUGAAGGUUGCAGUAUCUUCCUUCUGAUCCCAGCAGUUCCCGUUGAGUCCACUGAUCCCACUGGAAUUCUAGAGUUGUCUGCAAGAAAGCCCGGGGGCUGAAGUCCAAGUCCGUCGGGAACAUGCCAGCUGACGAGGACACUCCCCAGCCAGGGGGACAUGGCAGUGCCUGUGAGGUAUCAGUGUCGUUUGAGGAUGUGACUGUGGACUUCAGUAGAGAAGAGUGGCAGCAACUGGACUCUACUCAAAGACGCCUGUACCAGGAUGUAAUGUUGGAGAACUACAGCCACCUGCUGUCAGUGGGGUUCGAAGUUCCCAAACCAGAGGUCAUCUUCAAGUUGGAGCAAGGAGAGGGGCCGUGGACAUUGGAAGGGGAAACUCCACAUCACAGCUGUUCAGAUGGGAAAUUUGGAAUUAAGCCUUCCCAGAAAAGAAUUUCUGGAAAAUCUACAUUUCAUAGUGAAAUGGAGGGUGAAGAUACACAAGAUGAUUCAUUGUAUUCUAUUUUAGAAGAAUUGUGGCAAGAUGCUGAACAGAUAAAGAGAUGUCAGGAAAAACAAAACAAACUUCUGAGUCACACUACUUUCCUCAGUAAGAAAAUAUUGAAUACAGAGUGGGAUUAUGAAUAUAAAGACAUUGGAAAAUUUGUCCAUUCAAGCCCAAAUCCCAUUCUUUCACAGAAAAGACCCCAUAAACGUGAUUCAUUUGGGAAGAGUUUUAAGCAUAAUUUAGACUCACACAUUCAUAAUAAAAGCAAUGCAGCAAAGAACCUGGAUAAAACUAUUGGGCAUGGUCAGGUUUUCACCCGGAGCUCUUCCUAUAAUCACCACGAAAGUACACAUGCAGGCGUGAAGUUCUGUGAACGUAAUCAGUGUGGAAAAAUCCUCAGCCUCAAACAUUCACUCAGUCAAAAUGUGAAAUUUCCCAUUGGAGAGAAAGCAAACACAUGUACUGAAUUUGGGAAGAUCUUUACCCAGAGGUCACACUUCUUUGCUCCUCAGAGAAUUCAUACUGUGGAAAAACCUCAUGAGCUUAGCAAAUGUGUAAAUGUUUUUACACAGAAGCCACUACUCAGUAUAUAUCUGAGAGUUCAUAGAGAUGAAAAACUCUACAUAUGUACUAAAUGUGGGAAGGCCUUCAUCCAGAAUUCAGAAUUAAUUGUGCAUGAGAAAACUCAUACUAGAGAGAAACCCUUUAAAUGCAAUGAAUGUGGGAAAUCAUUUUUCCAGGUAUCAUCUCUACUCAGGCAUCAGACAACUCAUACUGGAGAAAAACUCUUUGAAUGCAGUGAAUGUGGUAAAGGGUUCUCCCUGAACUCAGCCCUCAAUAUACAUCAGAAAAUUCAUACUGGAGAGAGACAUCACAAAUGCAGUGAGUGUGGGAAAGCCUUUACCCAAAAAUCAACACUCAGGAUGCAUCAGAGAAUUCAUACAGGAGAGAGGUCUUAUAUCUGUACUCAGUGCGGGCAGGCCUUCAUCCAGAAGGCACACUUGAUUGCACAUCAAAGAAUUCAUACUGGAGAGAAGCCUUAUGAAUGCAGUGACUGUGGGAAAUCUUUCCCUUCUAAGUCACAACUCCAGAUGCAUAAGCGAAUUCACACCGGCGAGAAACCCUAUAUAUGCACUGAAUGUGGGAAGGCUUUCACCAACAGGUCAAAUCUCAAUACUCACCAGAAGUCUCAUACUGGAGAAAAGUCUUACAUAUGUGCUGAAUGUGGUAAGGCCUUCACUGACAGGUCAAAUUUCAAUAAACACCAGACCAUUCAUACUGGAGAGAAACCCUAUGUUUGUGCUGAUUGUGGGAGGGCCUUCAUCCAGAAGUCAGAGUUGAUUACACAUCAGAGAAUUCAUACUACAGAGAAGCCUUAUAAAUGUCCUGACUGUGAGAAAUCCUUCUCCAAGAAACCACAUCUCAAAGUACAUCAACGAAUUCACACAGGGGAGAAACCAUAUAUAUGUGCAGAAUGUGGGAAAGCCUUCACUGAUAGGUCAAAUUUCAAUAAACAUCAAACAAUUCAUACUGGAGAUAAACCCUAUAAAUGCAGUGACUGUGGAAAGGGCUUCACCCAGAAAUCAGUUCUCAGUAUGCAUCGCAAUAUUCAUACAUGAAAGUAACCCUGUUUCUUGAAAAUGAGAGCCUUAUCACAAAAGUCAGGUCUAACUAUAUAUUAUAAAAUUCAUCCAAGACAGAUCCUAUAUGAAUAUGUUAUCUCACUUGAGAUGGAAAAAAAUUAUUCAGAAGAAACACUCUUAAGAAUGCACUGAAGGAGGGAGAAUUUCUAUAUUUGCACAGCCUCAUGAAAUAUAGUAGAAGUCAUUGGGAAAAACGUUGUCAGUUUGGUGUGGUAGGAAAAGCCUUCCUAUAGAAAGUAUUAUAAGUCAAAUUGUUACCAAAUUCUUCAUAGGAAGGAGAGUGCAAAUUAUGUAAAUGAUGGUCAUGUUUACUGUGUUACAUUAAGCAAUUUAAAGUGAUAACAAAAUGAAAGGUAGUGCAGCAAAAUAAUAUAACUGAUGAGUAGACCUGUCAGUUCUAUAGGGCAUUUGUGGCAGAACACAGUACAUAACAGGAGGAAUAUUAAUUUUUUUUCAAAUUUAGAAUAUGUUCAUCAAAUGUUUCUUACUGAAUAUGUCUAUCAAAUAUGUUUCUUACUGAAUAUUUCUAUCAAGUGAAUCCACAGUUUAAAAGUCACUUUGGUUUUAUAUAUACACACAUCUGCAGAUAUAAUUUUAUAUGAACACACAAAUACAGUCCUAUCAUUCAUACUGGUUUCCAUGACAUAGUAUCCAUGACAUGUUUUCUUUGUGGUACAAUGCAGAGUAGCCACAGAUUCCUCCCAUCCCAAGUAGCAUCUCUUUGUCUACUACUUGACUUUGAACUUGGCCAUGUGACUUCCUUUGGCCAAUGAACAUUAGCAAAGAGAAUCAAUAAGAAGCUUGAGAAGUGUGCAAAGCCUGCCUUGAAGCUUAACCUCUCUUGCUGCUCUUUGCAAACUUGAGAAAUCUCCAAUUGCCCUACUGGGGGAUGAAAAACCACCACAUGGAGCAGUGGUGAGCCAGCCCUGCUGAGGCCCCUUAGACCAAGUAGCCUGCCAAUUGUCAGAAUUAGGAGUGAGGUUUUCCCAGACCUCUACCCCAGCUGAGCCAGCCUAGCUCAGAAGAGCCAUACCAGUUAUUCCAGCCAAUUUACAGAAUUGUGAGAUAAAUAAAAUUAUUAUAGUUUUAAUCAACAUAAGUUUUAGGGGUAGUUUGUUGUACAGAAAAUGCUAAGUAAUAUUUGAAAGUAUAUGAUUGGGGGAGGGGGCAUAGUGGACCAAAACAUGACAUGUGGCAUUGGCUUUGGGUCUGAGUGGCAGGUAGAAACUGGAAAAACAGUGAGGAAAUCUGUUAACAAAGGUUGGAUAGAUGGCAACCCAUGUUAUUUAGUAGGGAAAAAUAUAGAAAAGCAAUUGUCAUCAUACUCUGUGGGAAGAUAGAGAAUGGAUCAAAUGAACUUAUGGAUCUGGCUAAGGAGAUUUGCAGCAGUAUAUGGGAAGUAUCAGAUUGCUUCUUUUAGCUGCAUAUGAUAAGAUACAGAAAGAGAGAAAUGAACUAAAGAAAUAACUUAUCCAUUGGCAAACAGAAUUCAGAAGACAUACAGAAAAGCCAAGGAUUGCUGGGUUGGAAAAUAACAGUUUCACAUCGCUAGUCUCUCCAGCAAUCAAAAAAUAUUCUCAAGGUAAAACAUGGCCUCAGGGUAAAGAUCAAAUCAUGGUUGUGUCUAUAAGACUCUGUAUUACAAUGUGUGAAAUAGUUAAGUUGGUGCUUAGGAGACCAUCUCAGCUAAACUUAAGGGCUUCUAAAAAAUCUUCAUGACAUUGUCCCGUAGAAGCCUGACAUACUACUCAAAGCGGAGAAAGAUCUAUCUUUGAAACAAUUUCUGAUGUUGCAUUUGGGGAAAGGAGUAGAUCCAAACCAGAUUCAUAGGAAACAAAGUUUUUAAUAGAGUUUUACUAGUAAUACUACCUCCAGGUUGGACUUCCAGGGACCCAAACAGUUCAAAAUGAAAAGUGGCCCCUGGAUUCCCCUCCCUAACUUCUAUGAAUAGGAUACAAGCUGAGAAAGUUACUCAGUUGCAAGCAUGGUCCAUUUCUUAUGGGAAAUGAAGGGCAUCUCAGAGGGAAGACCCAAGAACAAUAUAUUAAAAUGGACUGAGGAGCCAUUCCCAGUGAGAACUGUGCCCUAAUCAAGAAACAUUAUCUGCCCCUGGAGCCAGGGGAACUGACAUUUGCUCUGUGGGAUUUCAGAAUUGUUAUGGAACAGUGACUUAUAUGUGUCUCUUGGUCCUCUUUUUGAAUGGGAGUGUCUAACACAGUUAUCCUGUACCUAUCCCACCAUUGUAUAUAUUGGGUAUGUGUUGGGGGCAUAUAACUUGUCAUUUAGCUCACAGGUGUCUGGAUCAAGAAACUGAAAAACUGUACCCAGGGAACCUCAGCCACAACUGAACCUGAUACAGAAGACUUGAGAUCCUGGAUUGGAACGUGACACCACAAUUUUGGAUGAGAAAUUUGGACAUCCUGGAACAGGGGUGAACAUAUUUUGCAUGAUGGGUGGUAAUGUGAAUAAUUUGUGACCAGAAGACAUACUGUGUUAGAUAGAAAAAUGCUACAGAUGUCUUCAUCCCUAUCUAUGUGCCCUUUUUCAGUCUUUAUAUCUCUGUGUUUCAGUUAGAAUAAUUUCUGUUGAUCUAUCUUCAAGUUCACUGAUUUUUUUUUCCCUUACCCUGGCUCUGUCAAGUCUGCUGAUGAAACUAUUGAAGGCAUUCUUCAACUCAGUUAGAUUUUAUUUUUAUUUCUAAUAUUUCCAUUUGAUUCUUACAGUUUUCAUAUUUCUGCUGAAAUUCCCCAUCUUCUCAUGCAUGUUCAUGUUUUCCCCUAUACCCUUUGUCUUAGUUUGGGCUGCUGUGACAAAGCACCGCAGAUUUGAUGGCUUAUAAACAAUGGAAAUUUAUUUCUCACAGUUCUAGAGCCUGAAAAUCUGAGAUCAGAAUCCAGCAUGGUUGGGUCUUGGUGACGGCCCUCUUCAAGGUUGCAAACUGCUGACGUCAUAUUUUCCCAUGUCUACAGAUAGAGAGCUCUUUGGGAUCCCUUUUAUAAGGGCACCAGUCCCAUUCAUGAGGUCUCCACCCACAUUAACUAGCUACAUCCCAAAGGCUCUACCUCCUAAUACCAUCACAUUGAGGAUUAGGAUUUUAACAUAUGAAUUUGUGGGGGGAUGCAAAUGUUCAGCCCAUAGUACCCUCUAACAUAUUAAUCAUAGUUAUUUAAACUCCCUGUCUGAUAGUUCCAACUAGCAGGUCAACUCAGUCUAGAUCUGUUGAUUGCUUUGUCUCUUAGUGGUGAGUUGUCUUCUCUUGCUCUUUUGCAUCUAAUAAUUUUUGGCUGAAUGUCAGAUGUUGUAUGUAGGGUAGUAGAAACUGAGAUAAAUAGCAAUUAUUCCUGGAAAUAGCCAUGGUUGCCCUUUUGAUAGGCCAUUAGCAUGGGGGGAUUGAAUCCAUCUAGUCAGGAGUUAGGCUGAGUUUGUGCUUCUUUGUUGCCAGUGUUACCUUUGCUGUACCAUAGACUUAAAAUUCCUCUAAUGUUAUCUUGUGCUUGAGGUAGUCUCUGGUUUGCCCAGAGAAUUCUUAUUAUUCCCAGACCACACUUGCCUUUAGGCCUGUAGGCCUUUCCUGUGUGCUAGCAUCUCAGGGAGGGCCACUCUCCAUGUUAUUGCCUCUAUAUUUGUAGUAGACAAACUGUUAUUACUUGGUUCUGGCUGACCUGGUGAGUCGGGGGCGGGGGUUGUCCUGGGCCAGCCUCAGUUUUUGUCAGGCCCUGCAUCCCUGGGUCUUGAGGGUGAGGUUUUUCGGUAAUCCUACCCUCUCCCACUGGUAGAAGGCCUUUAAUGAUCUGGGCCCUGAAUGGUCUCCUGCCCUUUUACCAUGGGUGGAAUUUUUUUUUCAAUUUCCCUCACUCAAGUCACAGUGAGGGAAAUUGAAACUUUCCUGUGUCCUGAGGGCAACAAGGUUGCUGAACUUCUAGUGGCUUAAGGAUUUUGUUCUGUAAGGGAGUAGGGUCCCACUGGGGCUUUGUGCCAUUUCUAUAUUAGCAGCAGUCCCCUUGCAGUCCUACCCCACGGAGGUAGGCUUUCUCCAGUCUUCUUCCUUGCCCCUGUGUUUCUUGUGAGCAUUCAGUGGAUGUCUAUGGAGAAGAGCCUGUAAGUAGAGGCCAACUACCCUUAGGUCUACAGCUCUCACGAGUCUCCCACACUCAACUUUUAGCAAUUCAUUAAAAAUUCUUGUUGAAUUCUUACUGCUUAUAUGGUGGCCUCAUCUUCUUCCUUCCUGCUUUCAAGCUAGUUGGUUGCUCUAUAAUCUUAGCUCUCUGAAGUGUUCAAGAAAAAUAAUGUUUUUGCAGAUUACCCAGCUUUAUUCUUGUUAUAAAUGUGGGAGCAGUGUUCUUUCCAGAUGUCUGCAUCCUAGGCAGAAACUAGAAAUCUGGACAGUCUCUACUGUCUCCUACUGUCAGAAUAUAUGCCCCUUUUCAGUGUGACUUUGCCACUUCACCCAUCAAGAGGUAGGAUCUAUUUCUUCACCCCUGAAACUGGGCUUGACCAUUUGUUGGCCAAUGGGACAUCAACAAAUAUUAUACAAGCAGAGGCUUGAGAAGUGCCUGCACAAUGAGGCUUACCUGCUUUUGCAGCUCUUUGGAAUCCUGAACCUGUGUGUGAAAAAGCCUGAACUGUGCUGUUGGAAAAUGAGAGAGAUCACAUGCAGCAGUAAGAUCACAUGGAGCAAAGACCAGCCAUCCCAGUUGAACCACCCUACACCAACACCACAUGUCACAACUAUCUGACAGGAAUAAUGCAUCUAUAAACCAAUUAACAGCUGAGGCUCCCUAGCACCUUCAGAGGGAGCAUGGCCCUGCUGAUACCAUGAUUCAGAUCUCUAGCCUCUGGAACUAUAAGACAAUUUCUGCUGUUUUAGGCUGCCUAAUUUGUCGUAGUUUGUUAUAGCAGCCCUAGGAAUCAAAUAUGCUUCUUAGUUAAAUCUAUGAUAGGUACUAGUGUAUGAAGCCAUACUAGGCAUCCAGUCUUGGUCAACACAACUUUGGUUGGCAGCCUCUGACAUAACUCUGAAUGAUCCCCACCUCUUGGUAUUUGUGCUCUUAUAUAAUGCCCUCCUCUUGAGCUUAGACUGGAAUUAGUGACUUGGUUCUAGUGAAAAGAAUGAGGCAGAGGUAAUGGGAUUUCAUGUCCAAGAUUAGUUACAAAAAGACUGUGGCUUCCAUUUUGGGUGCUUGCUUACUUUCUCAGAUGGCUCAUCAUAGGGGAAACCUGCCACAUCAUGAGAUAGCCCUGUGGAAAGAACCACAUGAGUGAACUUAGAAUCAUAUCCUCCCCAAGUUUAGCCUUCAGAUGAGGACCACAGCCAGAUAGCUUGACUCAUGAGAGACCUUCAGCCAGAGGCAUCUUUUGAGCCACACUUGAAUUCGUGACCCACAGAAACUGUGAGAUAAUAAAUGUUGUUUUAAGCUGCUAAAUUUCAGUGUAAUUCGUUACACAGUAAUAGUUUAAUAAUAUACUGGCCCAGAUUAGGAAGGUUCUGCCAUCCAUCCCAGCCAUCCCAAACAAUUACCAGAAUAAUGGAUUAAAACAUUAAUUAAGUCACUAAGUUUUGGGUGGCAUGAUACCAACCCAGAAAAAGCUAACUGAUAUAUUUAUUAUUUGUUGCAUUUCUUCCUCCACUGUUCUUCCCUAACAGAUAACCAAUACUAAUCAACUACUGAGAACGCUU